AUGUGCAGCUCGGUCAGCGUGGGCUCAGAGUGGCCGAGGCAUGAUCCAGCCCGGAUUGAUCAUUUACCUGCUACUGGAAAAACAGAGCAGGGGAAGCUGAGAGCACCAGUCAUCUCCAGCUCAGCAGCUCCACACUGCACCGCACCGCCCCGUCCUGCAGGCAUGGAGAAGCAGCUGACAGGUACUCUGGCCCUGGCUGUGUUUGCGGCUGCUCUUGGAUCCCUGCAGUACGGCUACAACUUAGGGGUCAUCAAUGCCCCCCAAGAGGUCAUUCAGGGUCACUACGCUCGCUCUCUCGGACUUUACUCUGAACUCGAGUCUGAUGAAGAAUUUAACAUCACGACUGCUGAACCCAGCUCUGACUUCGCCCACCCAUCACUGACCAUGUACUGGUCCUUAUCUGUGGCCAUGUUUCCCGUGGGUGGGAUCAUCUCCUCCUUCCUGGUGGGCUUCGUUGCAGACAUCCGAGGAAGGAUUAAAGGGAUGCUGGUGUUGAACAUCCUGGCUGUAGUGGCCAGUCUGCUGAUGGGUUUGGCUAAGAUGGGCAGUCCUCACAUCAUGGUCAUAGCUGGACGGGCAAUCAUGGGUUUCUACUGUGGCCUGUCGUCAGGGCUGGUCCCGAUGUACAUAGGGGAGAUUGCCCCACUGAAGUACAGAGGGGCUCUGGGAACGCUACACCAGCUCGCCAUCGUUACCGGGAUCCUUAUCAGUCAGGUGCUGGGCCUGGACUUCCUACUGGGAAAUAAUGACAUGUGGCAUUUAUUGUUGGGUCUGUCUGGAUCAAUCGCAGUUCUGCAAAGUGUCCUGCUGCCCCUCUGUCCAGAGAGCCCACGCUACCUCUACAUCAGACUGGGCAAGAAGGAGGAGGCCUGCAAAAGUUUAAAGCGCCUAAAAGGAGCAGAUUACGACACCACCAAAGACCUGGUGGAAAUGCAGAAGGAGAAGGAGGAGGCCAUGAAGGAGGCGCACGUGUCCAUCCCCCGGCUGGUGCGCUCCACGGCGUACCGCCAGCAGCUCUUCGUGGCUCUGAUGAUGCACCUGUCGCAGCAGUUCUCCGGGAUCAAUGCGAUCUUUUAUUACUCCACAUCCAUUUUCCACAAUGCAGGCGUGGCACAGCCAGUCUACGCCACCAUCGGAGUGGGGGUGGUGAACACCAUAUUCACCCUGGUCUCGGUAGUCUUGGUGGACCGGGCAGGCAGACGGACGCUGAUGUUGGCUGGUCUGGCUGGGAUGUGUCUGUGUGCAGUAGGAAUGACUGUUGGGCUUAUUCACCUGUCCACAUACCCCUGGAUGAGCUACCUAAGCAUGUCGGCCAUCUUCCUGUUCGUGUGCUUCUUUGAGAUCGGGCCUGGGCCAAUUCCAUGGUUCAUCGUGGCUGAGCUUUUUAGCCAGGGGCCUCGGCCUGCGGCUAUCGCGUUAGCCGGCUUCUGCAACUGGACCAGCAACUUCAUCAUCGGCAUCUCCUUCCCUUAUAUUGAGAAAUACUGCGGGCAGUACGUCUUUAUAAUCUUUGUGGUGCUGCUCUUCCUCUUCACCCUGUUUACUGCUCUCCGAGUUCCUGAGACGGAGGGGAAAACGUUUGAGGAGAUAUCAGCACUGUUCCAGCGCAAACGAGCCCCGCAGCCCAUAGUAGAGGCUGAACUGGAGCAGCUGAAAGGAGCCACGGAGGCCUGAGCGAGCUAACGGUGGAACAUAGCCUGUUACUGCCCUCUUACUAAGUGAUAGUUCAGCAAAAGUACUACAUACUACAUACUUCCCCGAAUGUAGUCGAUCAGCCAAGACAUUCUGCAGACUGACUUAACAAAAGUAUGGAGACAUUCACUGUUUCUUCUGAAUUCAAGGGUAUUAAAAUGAAUUCAUCAUGCUCUUGUUUGGUGUAAAUGUAUCUAAUGUCCAGAGAAGACUUUGAAGACCAGAUUUUAAAGCAUUGCUGUGAGGAUUUGACUGCAUUCAGCCACAGCAAUAUUAGUGAGCCCAAGAUGCUGAAUGAUGAUCAUCACCCGAUCCCAUCCCCAACUCCCCAACUUAUAUUAUAGACCUGGACAGAACACUAUCAUUACACAGAACACAGUUCCACUACUCAACAGCUAAAUGCUGGUGUAUCCAAGCCUUUAAUUGCUGCCUGACAAUGACUGUAGAAAAGCAUAGACAGCACAAAAUUAUCUCAAUGUCUCUCAAAGGUGAAUCCACCAAAGGUCUAGUGCCCCUGCUGGCUGGUUGCAGUAUAAUGUGUAGCCCAAAAAGUCCAACAAUUAUUUUUUUCUGCGUUACAUGGAGCAGUGUUGUUGAGUUGUAGUUGAGCUGUCAGAUGCAUAACUAGCUAGUCAACCAAUGGUACUAUUAUUAUUGAUCAUGUGAUGAUCAGUGUGCUGUUGUUCAUAUUAAAUCUGCAACACUCUCUAUGACUUUCCUUGUUCUUAGGAUUUUUUAUAAUUUAUAAAAUGUCCAAUGUGAUCUAACUUUAAUUAGUUGUUGAUCAGUUAGCUAACGCUAGUGAAGUUAAUUGCCCUGGCCCUGGUAUUUGUACUCUAGGUCAGCGAUCUCCUCAUAUUUACAGUAUUUUCGCUUCAUCUCAGCGGUAAACAGAACUGAGCUCUGGUACUGCAACUUGAUGGGAAUGUAAAUGGUUUGUUAAUAAAAUACAUGAACUGCACUUUUACUGUUGGGACAUUACAUACUGGGUCAAAAUCUGCUCUGCUUCUGAUCUUUGAAGAUGGCCUGGCUCAAUAAAGGUGGUCUGAGACACAAGAUUGCUUAGAUAUUGGAUAUUUUUGGUUUUAUUUCGAUAGAACGGAUGGAACUGGAACCAUAGCGUCCAUGUUUAUAUACAGUCAUUGGAUGCAAAAUACAGUGGUAUGUGAAACUUCAGGCACAAGACAUGUCUUGGCUGAUUGACUGAUUGGGGUAAAUGAGGUAAAACUGGGUAAAUAAGCUUUUCAUUUUACCAAACUAAACUAUCACAGUAGGAAUACUCCAGCUGAAAUAUUUUUAUUUUAAAUGUUUAUCAUUUUUUCCUAAUUCAGCCGCUACUCAGCGGUAUAUCUCCCAUCACAGGUGAUGCCACAACACAAAGAAGUGAAGUCAGGCACCGCCUCUUUUCAAACAGUUGCUGAUGUAGCAUUGCUGAGUAGCAUCACAGCGCAACCGGGGAAAAGCACAGAUUCUCGGUUUCGAUACAUCAGCUCACAGACGCCUUGUACUGAUCCACAUCACCCUAGGAGUAAUGAGAGAUAAGAGGUUUACCAUCUACCCUCCCAGAGAGAGCAAGGCCAAUUAUGCUCUCUCAGGGCUCCAGCAGCCGAUAGCAAGCUGCCUGCUGCAUCAGUACUUUAAUAUUUAGCUGGAGUAUUCCUUAAGUCUCCUGAGUUUAUAUACGCAAAGCAAAACCUCAAUUCUGCCCCGGUUCACAGACUGCCGAGCUGUGGAGCUCGGGCUGAGAUUACUGUUUACAUCUAUGCAAGACUAACGAGGGAAUUACAGUCGCCAGUAUUUCUUACUGAGGCUUUUAGGCCCAUUUCUGUGUGUUAAGUUGCAGGUUGUGUGUUUGUUCAUGUCUUUUUGUGUAUGUGUUUUUAGAAGAAAAUAAGAAAAAUAUAAAUUUGUGAAUUAAGAAUGUGAAGCGUUUUCAUCCUAAAAUUAAAAUUAAAGACUAAAAACAA